UUUUCCUCCCAGCGUCACCGGCUGUAGGGGUGGGGAGAGGGGUGGGAUGACGUGACUGGACGGGGCCGGCACUCCCAUUGGCGUCUUCGUAUAUUCGUCGGCCUUGGAAUGAGGCCCCAGGCAGCAUGGGCUUCUAUAAAAGAGGGCGUAGCCUCCGUGCCGUCCCGGGUCCCGCCUUCGGUGAAUUGAGCUCCCCGAACCUUGCGGCCUGUUCCUAGCCCUAAAAGUCGAGUCUAGGAAAAGCCCAUAGCCAUUCUUGAGCGCCUUGCUCGCUUCAAUAUGCGAUUCUCGGCAGCGAUCCUUGCCCUGUUGGGGAACGGGGUUAUCACCUUUGGCCAAGCCAUAGCUCCCCCCGAUGCUGACGGCCGCUACACAAUCAAGGCCAAGGGGAUCAAGGCACAGUUCAUCCCCUACGGCGCAACGCUCACCAACCUUUUCGUCAAGGACAAGAACGGAAAAGAUGUCGACGUCGUGCUUGGAUACGACAACACUUCUUACUAUCCCGUCGACCCGGGCCACCCGGUCCUCAACGCGAUCCCCGGCCGGUACGUCAACCGCAUCGGCGGGGCCAACUACACCAUCGACGGCCGGGUGUUCCAAACCGAAAAGAACGACGGCGCGAACACGCUGCACAGCGGGACCAACAACUGGUCGUUCCGCUUCUGGGACGUGUCGGCCUUCACGCACGACUCCAUCACCUUCUCCAUCCUCGACAAGUCCAACUCGUCCCAGGGCAUGCCGGGCGACGUGCGCGCCAGCGUGACCUACAGCGUCGGCGACGGCGGCGUGUGGAACAUCUGCAUGGAGGCGGCGUCGCCCCAGGCCAAGACGCCGCUCAUGCUGACGCAGCACACCUACUUCAACCUCGACGCGUACCGCGGGCCUGCCCGGAUCUGGAACCACACGCUGCACCUGCCCUACUCGCGGCGGUACCUCGAGAACGACGACGGCGCGCUGCCGACGGGCCGGAUCCUGGCCGCCGAGCCCGGCUCCAUCAACGACUUCGCCUCCCGCCCGGGCCUGCAGUUGGGCCACUCGAGCGGCAGCCCGCAGUUCCCCGGCAACUGCGGCGCCGGGGGCGCCUGCGAGGGCUACAACGGCUUCUGGCUGGUCGACGGGGCGCCCCGAGGGGCCGUGGUCGCGACGCUCGCGAGCAGUUUCUCGGGGGUCAAGGCCGAGCUGCGGACAGACCAGCUGGGGCUGCAGGUCUACACGUGCAACUGGUUCGACGGCACGAGCUCGCUCAAGAGCACCCAGGGAACCGCUAGUGUCAAGACGGUCGGGCGGAGCUCGUGCAUCGCCAUCGAGGCGCACGAUUAUGUUGAUGGCAUUAACCACCCUCAAUGGAACCGCACCGAGGCGCAAAUCACCGGCCCCGGUGAAAAGUACACUUGGGAGGCGUCCUGGACGUUUUCGCGCCUGACGAAAUGGUGAUGAGGGAACCCUGCGACCAUGACAAUGUCCAUGGGUGGUUCUGAAGCCUGCUGUAUCCGGAGUACGCGAUGCCCCGGAUAAAAGAGAUAUCCGAGGUAGAAAAAAUUCAUCCGGGUCUCAAAAUCCGAGUUCAGGGCAGAAUUGCUGCGGAGUUUGUGUCUAAUACUGCCCCUUGGAUCGUAAGAGCAUGUAGUCCCUGUAAGCCAUUGGCAGGUACCCGGCGCGAUUGGUGGUACUGAUGCAUGAUGGGAAGCAUUCAACCAUCGCUUCUGGGUCUGGACUGUUGAAGUACACGAUAGAGUGGCGGGGUGGGGUAGUGUCGGGGUCUUGGGCGGGGGAGCCAUCAACAUUUGCCGCCGGUUUGACCACACGGUGUAGGGUUGAUUUGAGGCGAUCUGUUGGAUGAGCAUACACUUGUUAGGAAUCAAGGCCUCUGCUGCCGCCGGAAACGAAAUAUCGGGGUCAUCUUACUGUUGGUCCACCUCAUCAGGCUGUCGCCGACAUUCAUGACCAUCGCCCCCUUUAUAGGGGUUGCGUCCAC